UGUUCUCCCUGCAGGUUAAAUACAGGGAAGCAGGGAAGAAGGAGGCCAGCAGCUCUCUGUACCACCAACUGCCUGAAACUUUGGAGACGCGGCGUGUUAAAGAGGUUACUGAGCUGCAGAGCGAGAACAAGUACAAGGAGGGUGGGAAGAAGUCUAUGUCGUGUAGUUUGUACGCUCAGCUGCCUCAGACUGCAGAGACGGAGCUCGCCGCCAAAGUGUCUGACCUGCUGAGUGAGAAUAAAUAUAAAGAGGAUGGUUUGAAGAGCCUCUCCCAUAGCCUUUAUUCUCAGCUGCCUGAAACCACUGAGACUACCUUCGCUAAAACUGUCUCUGAGCUGCAAAGUGAGGCUAAAUACAAGGAGGUGAGCAGAAAGGAGGCGAGCAGCUGCCUGUACCACCAGCUGUCUGAAACCCUCGAGACGCGACAUGCUAAAGAAGCCACUGAGCUGCAGAGUCAGGUGAAAUACAGAGACGCUAAAAAGGAGCUUAACACCAACCUGUACUCUCAGCUGCCAGAGACGGACCAGAUGAAGUUUGCCAAAGCUGUCAUGGAGCUGCAGAGUGAGAACAAAUACAAGCAGAAAGGAAGGCAGGAGAUCAGCAGUACUGUUUUCCACCAAAUGCCUGAAACCAAGGAGAUGGAGUUUUUCAAACAGAUCUCAGAACUGCAGAGCGAAUCAAAGUAUAAAAAGGACUUGGAGGAUUUGUCCAACACUCUGUACUCGCUGCUGCCUGAAACUCAGCAGACACAGUUUGUUAAAGAGAUGGGAGAGACUCACAGUGAGAAUAAGUACAAGGAGGCCAGUAAAAAGGAACUGGUUCAGUCUCUGUACUCCCACCUUCCUGAAACCAAAGAAACUCAACAUGCAAAGCAGCAAUCUCAGCUGCACAGUGAGAAAGCUUACAGGGAGGAGGGGAAGAAAGAAGCAGGUCACUGUCUGUACGCUCAGAUGCCCCAAACCAUCGAAACCGUCUUUGCAAAGGAGGUGACCAAAGCCCAGAGCGAUAAGUUCUAUAAAGAGAAGUAUAACCGUGAGAAGGGGAAGUCUGACUACAGCAACAUGAAGACGCUGCCUGAGGUGGAGCACGCCAUGGAGGUCAACAGGAACCAGAGCGAUGUCAGCUACAGAAAAGGUAAAGACCAUCUUCAUCACUACAACCCAGAGCCGGACCGACCCGACAUCGUCAGCGCCACCAACGCAGCCAAACUGGCGAGUGAUGUGGCCUAUAAGAGUAAAGCAAAGCAGCAGGUCUGCACCGAUGAAUCCCUCCUGUCCAGAACCGACCUCCUGCACGCCAAAGAGGUUUCCAAACUGGCCAGUCAGGUGAAGUACAAAUACCAGCAUUUAAAGGGCCAGAAACCAUGUUACAACCCCAUGGACUGCGUCUCUUUCAAACACUCACAGGCUGCUGCUGCUCUGGCCAGUCAGGUGAAGUAUAAGACCAACCAGAACCAGAGACCCGAAGGUUCCUCGGAUGUUCCGAAUCUCCUGCAGCUGGAGCACGCCCUGCAUGCCAGCAAGCUCCAGAGCAAUCUUGAAUAUAAGAAGAAGUACAAACAAACGAAGGCCCACUACCACAACGCCCUGGAUACGGCAGAGCAGCUCCACCACAGGGAGAACGCCGUGCUGCACAGCCAGGUGAAGUACAAGGAGGAGUAUGAGAAGAACAAGGGUCGCUCCCUGAUGGAGUUUGGAGACACUCAGACCUACAAAGUGUCCAAAGAAGCUCAGAAGAUGCAGAGUGAGAGGGAAUACCGUAGGGACUUCGAGGAGCAGGUGAAAGGUAGAGCUUUGCUGGAUGUGGAUCAGACUCCAGGAUACCUGACUGCCCGAAACGCCAGCAGUCUGCUGAGUGAGAAGGUGUACAGGAAGGACCUGGAGCAGGAAGUGAAGGGGCGGGGCUUAUCUGGUCUCGGUCUGGAGGAAACGCCAGAGCUUCUCAGGGUUAAGAAAGCCAAUCAGAUUCUAAACCAGAAGGAAUACCGCCGGGACCUGGAGACCGAAAUCAGGGGUAAAGGAAUGGAGCUGAGCACAGACGUCCUGGAGAUACAGAGAGCCAAAAGAGCUUCAGAGAUCCAGAGCCAGAAAUCAUACAAACAGACGGAGCAGCUAAGGGAGAACUCCUAUGGGACGCUUACAGACACUCCUGAGCUGCUGCAUGCCUCCUACCUCAAAGACAUCUACAGCCAGAAGAAGUACAAGGAUGAGGCUGAGCAGCUGAAGGGCCGCUACAGCCAGGUUCCAGAAACCCUGGAGAUGGAGAGGGUCCGAGCCAACCAGAGACACAUCAGCUCUCUGCGGUAUAGCUGGGACUCCAAACUGAUGCGAGGCCUGAUGGCGUCGGUCACGGAGACGCCAGAGAUCGUCCUGGCCAGGGAGAACGCCAAGAACUUCAGUGAUGUCCAGUACAAAGAGCAGGUGGGUCACGGCACUGCAGUCAUGGACACACCUGAGAUGGAGCGAGUCCGACGCAACCAGGAUAACAUCAGCUCAGUGAAAUACAAGCAGGCUGCAGCCAAGGCCACCAGUCUGGGGAUGACUCCAGAGGUGGAGCGGGUCAAACAGAACCAGGAGAACAUCAGCUCGGUGAAGUACCAGCGCGGCCUCCAGGAGCUGAGGGGGCGGAGCUGCACCGAGCUGGACACGCCCGAAUACAGGCGGGUCAGAAGGACCCAAGACUCUGUCUCCAUGGUAGCAGCAUGGCUCCUGUGGGCCAAGUACCAUGAGGACUUUGAGCGGACCCGCGGCCGAGGCUUCACGCCAGGAUUGGACGACCCCAGCAUGGAGCGCUACCAGAGGGCCAAUCAGAUGAUGGGAGAGCCGGCCUAUGGCAAGGGGAUCCACCCCCAGGCGGUAGAGAUGGACAGACGGCCCGGAGGCAUCAUCGUAGCUCCCGUGCUGCCCGGAGCGUACCACCAUCAUCAUCAUCAGGGCCACCAGAUGCAGCAGCAUCAGCAGUAUCAUGGUUACAUGCAUCAGACCAGCAUGUCGUCCGUCAGAUCCGUAACCUCACCGCCACACUCUGCCACAUCGCGUGUUUAUAGAGCGCUGUACGACUACGCGGCCCAGGAUCACGACGAGGUGUCCUUCAGGGACGGAGACGUCAUCAUCAACGCCCAGCCCAUCGACGAAGGCUGGAUGUACGGCACCGUGCAGAGAACCGGCAAGUCCGGCAUGCUGCCGGCGAACUACGUGGAAUGCUGCAACUGAAGAAGAGGAGAUGGAGGAGGAGAUGGAGGACGAGGAGGAGUCCUGCAGGGCUGAAAAUGUUCUCAGUGUGUUUAAAGCAGAUGAUGGCGAUAUUCUUUAGUUUUCAGGAGGUUUUUAUUUUCCAACACCUGCAGAAAUAAUGUCUGCAUGUUCUCAACCGAUCCUGUGAGUCAGAGAGAGUCACAAUAAAAAGGUUUUACUCAUUUGAUUGACAGAUUCAUUUAGGAAGGAAGGAUGCUGCUCAUUUAAAACGUGUGAGAUGAGCUUCUAAUCAAAGGAGAGAUGUAGGCUCCUCUGAGGGAAAACAUCACUUUUUACAGCAGGGAAGGAAAAGGAAAUGAAGCUGGUUGGAGAAUAAAAUAGUCCUGAUAGGUUGAUUAACCUCCUUUGCUUCAGGUUAACGCUCUGAAAUAUUUUAUUUAGUGUUGUUGUUUUUUUUUGUUUCAGCUACAGAUCAGAACUAAGCACAUAAGCUCAGACCAACCUGUUCUCACUGAUAGACUCAAAGCCAAUUCUGAUGCUUUGGUUUUUGACCAAAUUAAAAAAUAAUCCCACAUUUCUCAUUAUGAUCACAGCUGGUUUUCAUUCCUGCUGGAUCUACAGGCUUUACCUGAAGGUCUUUUUACACAAUGUUGGAUUAUUUCAACUAAAGUUCUCUCAUUUUACCAACUAAUAUACAUCAUAUUUUGGUUUUUAAGUGUUUGCUUUUUUUCAUUGGCUUGUUUGUUUUUUGUUUUUUUUUUACGUAAAUCCUAAAGAAUCUGUGGAUCAUAAUAGCUCACAUUUCACCCAGACUUUAAUUUUACAACUUCAAGCUAAUCAUCUUGUCAGAGCUCAGAUCUUUGGACCCAGAAUUCAGGCAGAUGGACUGAAGUGAUUGACAAUAGCGUUCAUUGACAGUUUGACGAAUGUGCGACUCAGCAGCUAGGACAAAAAAGGCUGGAAUCUCUGUAGAGGGGAAAACACAGGUUAGUGACCAUGUAACUGACGGAGGACGAUAACAAGCGUGUGAGUCACUAACCUGGUUAUAAAAUUCAGUCUAAGCCCAGAGGAAGGAGUGGAAUCCAGUUGAAUGAUUUUCCACAGCAAGCGGCAGAUGCCUCCUAGAGAGUUCCAGAAACUGAAGCUAAGAAGGCUGCUGAGCAGGCUGACAAGCAGAAGCCUUGCCUUGUCCAGAAGGAGAAGCCAAAGCCGGUGUCGAUGAGGUAAACAGUCCCGGCCAAAAGAUCAGAGAUCCAAAGAGGUACCUAAGGGGAAUCCAAGUUGGCGUCAGGAGACAGAACCAGGGUCGUAAGCAGGCAGAAUGCAGCAGGUGUCCGAAGACAGGUCAGGCAAACAGAUCAGAACAGGGGCAGGCAGGCUCAGGGGUCAAGGAGCAGAAACUAGUCAGGUUAAGGUUAUCAGAACAACACACUUGGUACGCUAGAGAACUCGCACCUACGGCUCGAAUAAUCUGGCACUGAUGGCUGGGAGCAAGCAGCUUAAAAAGAGGCAAGAGCAGGUGGAUGAGAUGUACAGUAAUGAGAGAUCUGGGCGGAGCUUGGCAGGUGAACGGAAUGAACAAUGAAGCCAGUUAUCAGUGCCAAGAUCAAGUUAAAACGAUUCACUUAAAAAUCAUUUGACAACAUAUUUCAUUAAUACAUUUAUUAUUAGAUCCACUAAUAAAGAUGCUUUUAAAUUGUAUUUCAGUAACAGAUAUUUUGUAAAUCAAAGCAACAUUUACAAUAGUCCUUCUUUAACAUAGGAAGGACCAGAAAGUAUCCUUUCAUAGCAGACAUCUUUAC